UACAUUCUAGCAAACAAGGAGGAUGAUGAUGUAGAAAACGAAGAUGAAGAAGAGGAAAUACAGACAGAAUUUUUGGACAUGAAGGAGGUGAAGUCGGUAUCAUCUGGAGGAAAAGUGUUUAAGUUCUCCGUACCUGCUUCCAAAGAAGUGUCAUUCAUGGCUAAUAAUGAGAUUGAGCCAUACAAGGUUAAGGGCCGUUUUCACCUUUGUGAUCCAUGGUGGUAGGUAACCUGCACAGUUCGCCGUGUCAAUAAGCACAAGUUUUCUACCAUCCCCUCCAGCUAUCCCUCCUACAGUGUCCGCACAAAUCUGAGUUCAGACUCAGAGGACCAUUCCCUUGUGCCUCUUUUUCUUAAAGCAUGUGGUGCAAAACCUGGGUUUGUUACAGAGUUUAUGAAAUUUUUGUCCAAAAACGUGGUGGAGCUUAUCAAUGUGCUGGAUGUCCUGCAGGAUUUUGAAGAUUCAGCACUAAAUCAUAAAGCUGCGGCUCAAGAGCUCAAGUCAAAUCUCAAGAACUCAGUGGCUUGGACACAUGUGAUAGUUGCCAGAAAAUACCCUCAAAUCAUGAAAUACUUGCCAACAUUGUUACCAGGCCAGUUUAUGGACAUAAUAAGCAAUGGAAAGAUGAAAAACUCCCGGGAUACCACUGAAGAAACUCCGGAGCAGCAGACUAACACGCACGUAUUGGAAAAACUGGAGCAGUUGAUAAAGACUGAUGUUUGGAAGUUGGGCUUCCACUAUAUCAUGUUUAGAGAAUUCCAUAUGAUCAGAUGUGAAGCAAAGCUCGAAGCUUUCAAGGUUUGUAAUUUGCUCAGCCGAAUGACUGGGGAGCAGCGUAACGGCUUAGAAUUGUAUGCUAAACUCAAAGACUACUGCAGAGACACUGGCAGCACAUACAUUGAACAGAAUAUGCUGCUGGAGAAAAUGCAACAGUGGAAAAUUGAAGAUGCAGGGUUCUCGUUCCUUCACAAGCAUGAUGUGCUGAAACUGGAGAACAACAAGGUGGCACUUCACAACUUCUUCAGCUAUGAGAAAGGCAUUGCUGAAUGCUUGAGGGCCCUGAUUGAGGGAGAACCCUGGGUGAUCGACUUGAAUGUGAGGAAGGUUCUUCAAAGAGCUCAUGAUGACUUAAAUCACUCUGCUAAAGAGUUAGAUGAGGAUCAAGUGCGAGCAGCAGAAAUGAUGUGCACCAACCCGGUGACGGUGAUCAGUGGGAAAGGAGGUUGUGGGAAGACCACAUUGGUCUGCCUAGUGUUUAAGAUGGCCAUGGAGAAACAGACCAGAAACAGUGACAGUGAUGAAAAGCCUCCUAUUGAAGUUCUCCUCACUGCUCCUACAGGGAGAGCUACUUCAGUUCUUACUAAAAGAACCGGCUGCACUGCUUAUACUUUGCACCAGGUUUUAUGGAGCUUCAUGAACAGAAAAAAACAAGAAAAUGGAAAUCUUCAAGAAUGGAAGUUCUCGAAGGUGCGGGUGCUGGUGGUCGACGAGGGGAGCUUGGUGUCUGUUCAGAUGCUUCACUCUGUUUUUAGCAUGCUUACCAAACACGCAGAACUCCAGAAGUUCAUCUUCUUGGGAGAUGUGAGACAGUUGCCCAGCAUUGAACCUGGAAACACACUGUACGAUCUGUUUGAAGGUUUCAGGAAGGUCCGGUGGGCUAUUGAGAUGCGGACCAACCAUCGUUCAGAGUCUGAGCUCAUCGUCAAAAACGCUGGACUUAUCUCAGAAAUGGGAAAAAAAAGACGUUACAAUCCUGUGGAGUUUGAUGCCACCAUAAACAUGACAACACCCUCCACAGUGCCAUCUGACAAAAGUUUCAUUUUUGUCCAAGUCAGUGAGAAGGAUGAUGCGCUCCAGGAAGCCCUUAAAUUCUUACUCAAGGAAGCUCCUGGUCUCAAAGAUCAUAAAUCAUCACAGAUUGUGGCAUUUAUGAGGAGGGACUGUCAGUUGAUCAAUGAGCUUUGCUGCAGGCAUUAUUCACAUCAUGUUACAAAGACUCAUGAAAAUAAAAUAUACUUUGAAGUGGGGGAUAAAGUAUGCUGCACAAAAAAUGGCUAUAUCUCAGAAGCAGAUAAUGAGAACAUGGAAGAAGCGCAUGCACAUGAUAUUGCUGGAACGUCCCAAGAUAUUCCAAGUACCCAAAGAAAAAAUGAACAGAAGCAAGUGAAAAAAGAAAGAAUGUGCAAUGGGGAAAUUUUCUUCAUUAAAGCGGAUGUAAUUGACAAGGAUAUGGGAGCAAGAUGCAAAACAAGACGCUACUUGACCCUAGAUGAUGAAAACGGCCGUGUGGUGACUUCUAACUACAGUGAACUACAGAAAGAGUGUAAACUGUGCCAUGCUUGGGCAAGAACCAUUCACACCUUUCAGGGCUCGGAGGCUGAAACAAUUGUGUACGUUCUUGGAAAUACCUUUAUUCAAAACUGGCAGCACGUAUACACUGCAGUGACGCGCGGUCAGAAGCGUGUGUAUGUGGUGGGUAGAGAGCGUGAUCUAGCAAGAGCCAUUGAGAAAAGGAUCACCCCUCGUAACACACGACUGCGUGGCCGUGUCAAGGAGAUAGUUGCCCAACUAAAUUUUGAGGACUCUUUCACUCAGUCUGAUUGCAGUCCAGACUCAAAGCGUCAGAGAGUGAACUAAUAAAGCAAACCACUUCAGAAGAGCAUCCAUUGGAAAGCAGAAACUGAAGUCCCAAAUAUCACAGCAAGGAGCUGAUGAUUCCCUGAUGAUUCCUAAUUCAAGAUCUAAUUCAAACCAGUGCAAAUACAAAGUCUCAGGAUAUUUACUUUAAAACAAAUAUGCUGUAUUUGAAAGAAACGAUUGCACUAUUUCUUUUUCAGUAAUGAUAGAAUACAUUUUAUUUCUAUUAUUGUUAACUUUCUGAAAUUAGGUAGUCUUAAUAAUGCAUUUGUAUAAGUGAUUAUACUGUUGACAUUAUGUGGCACUGUCUUACCCAGGUAUAUGAAUAUAUUAUAAUAUAUCAAAUAUUAAUCAUGUAAUCAGAUUUUGUGUGUGUGUGUGUGUUUGUUAAAUUUGAAUUAUGCUUUUUAUUACAAUAUAACGUAUUUGUUCUCAGCUCUGCAUCUUCUCUAUUUUACUUUUGACUGGAUAUUCUAACUGUUUUGAUGGCAUGCUUUUAUGUUAUUUUUUAUUUUUAUUAUUACUUUGUCUGAAUGGCAUGUAAUGGGAUGUGCAUGUCUAACAUUUCGGCACAAUUGACAAUUUACAAUGAACAUUAAAUCAAUAUUAAGAAUGAUUAAAAUAAUUUAUGUUGAUUUCUUUGUUAAUCACAAUUAAAAUACAUCUACAUGCAGUUUGAUGUUCAGGUUAUC